GAGCAAAAGUGGAAGCGUGGGCGGUGGAAGAAGAGGCGGUCGUAAGAGGAAGGCAGAGUGGAGCGCUCCAGCUUCGGCCAGAAGGUGUGAGAACUACGAUGAUGCGCCGCUCAGUGUAGACCAAGUAGAUGUUAUACCGCUGUGGACUCCAGCCAAGUUGGCGGCAGCUGCAAAGGGCACGGUCAAGGGUUGUCUUCCUGCCUGUGUCUCUGUCUGAUCUCCCUCUCCCUUCGUUUUUUCUUUCCAGCCUCAGAGUCUGCUUGUAUUUCUGUCUGGAGCACCAGGGAAUGUUGCUGAGGUACCUUGCAAAUUGCAGGAAAAUGGCUCUUCUAGGGGAAAAUGUUUCAAGUGGUGUCGUUGCAAAGGGUGUGCAGAACAUGUCUAUCGAUAUUGGAGGGAUGCGGAAACCUUAUAAAGGGAAGAACGAAGCAUUUAUGGAAGAUGACUUAGUGGCCAAGGAACCCAUUGCACAGUUCAAGGCAUGGUUUGAAGAAGCAUGCAAUACACCAGGCAUUAUUGAAGCCAAUGCCAUGUGUAUUGCAACAGCUACAAAAGAAGGGAAACCAUCUGCUCGAAUGGUGCUCUUGAAAGGCUAUGGGAAAGACGGAUUCAGGUUUUUCACCAAUUAUGGAAGCAGAAAGGGACAAGAGUUGAUAGAGAAUCCUUUUGCAAGUCUUGUAUUCUAUUGGUCUUACAAUGGUGAAGAUAGAUCUUGGUCAAGACAGGUUCGUGUUGAAGGAAACGUAGAACGUAUCAGUGAAAAGGAGUCGACAGAUUAUUUCCAUUCUCGCCCUCGCAGCAGUCAGAUUGGAGCAAGCCUUAGUCCACAAAGUCAGGUCAUCGAAGGUCGCAAUGUGCUGACAGAUAAAGAAAAGCAACUUCAAGAAGAAUACAAAGAUGAAGAAAAGUCCAUUCCAAAACCAGAAAUAUGGGGUGGCUUUCGUGUGAUACCAGAGGCAAUUGAAUUUUGGCAAGGACAAACGACCCGCAUUCAUGACCGGAUCCGCUUCAGAAAACCCAAAGCUGACGAAACCAUAGAUAAAAGCUUAACUCAUGAAGGAGAAGAUGGCUGGGUUUUUGAGAGACUGGCUCCAUAGAAACAUGAAAGACAGCAGAUGAUCUCUCUCUCUCUCUCUCUCUCUCUCUCUCUCUCUCUCUCUCUCUCUCUCUCUCUCUCUCUCUCUCUCUCUCUCUCUC